AUGGGUUACAAGAUAACUAAUAUCUAUGUCAUCACCGCGGUGGCCGUCAUCGGCGGCGCACUAUUCGGUUUUGAUAUCGCGUCUAUGUCCGCCAUUCUCGGCACCCAGCAGUACAAGUGUUUCUUCAACCAAACUGGCACCAAUGAUAGCAAUGAAUGCGGAGGCCCUACCUCUUCCACUCAGGGUGGUAUCUCAGCUGCCAUGCCUGGUGGCUCCUGGGUGGGCUCCCUAGCUUCUGGUUUCGUAACCGACUAUCUGGGUCGUCGCGGGGCCAUCCAGUCUGGCUCAGUGAUCUGGUGCAUUGGUAGCGCCAUCGUGUGUUCAUCUUUUGGAAUACCCCAGCUUGUCGUUGGCCGCUUUAUCAACGGAGUUUCCGUCGGUAUACUCAGCGCCCAAGUGCCAGUCUAUGUCGCCGAGUUAGCCCAGCCCAGUAAGCGUGGACAGGUGGUGGGAGCACAACAGUGGGCGAUCACUUGGGGUAUAUUGAUCAUGUUCUACGUCUCGUACGGCUGUAGCUUUUUGAAGGGCACCGCUGCAUGGCGCACUCCGUGGGGGUUGCAGAUGGUUCCCGCUGCCCUGCUCUUCGGCUGCGUCUUCCUAUUGCCAGAAAGUCCACGUUGGUUGGCCAAGAAGGAUCGUUGGGAAGAAUCUCUUGAGGUUCUGGCGUCGGUCCAUGCCAAAGGUGACCGAAACGCGCCUUUCGUGCAAGCCGAAUUACACGAGAUCCGUGAAAUGGUCGAAUUUGAGCGCAAUAACAAGGAUGCCUCAUACCUUGACCUUUUCAAGGGUAAUAUGAUUUACCGAACCCACCUCGGUAUGUUCACGCAAAUUUGGUCUCAGCUCACUGGUAUGAACGUCAUGAUGCUUUAUAUUACCUAUGUAUUCGGUAUGGCCGGCCUCACUGGAAACUCGAACCUUAUCGCAUCCUCGAUUCAGUACAUCAUCAACGUGGUGAUGACUGUGCUAGCUUUGGUGUUCAUUGAUCGUUGGGGCCGUCGCACUCCGCUUUUGGUCGGUUCUACCCUCAUGAUGGUGUUCAUGUUUGCCAACGCUGGCAUCAUGGCAUCGUAUGGCAAACCAGCCCCACCGGGUGGUCUCAACAAUACUCCCGAACAGUCGUGGGAUCUCUCCGGGUCCCCUCAGGCCGCCAAGGCAGUCAUUGCUUGCACCUAUCUUUUCGUCGCCAGCUUUGCGCCAACUUGGGGUCCUGUCAGCUGGAUCUAUCCCCCUGAGCUCUAUCCCCUUCGCCUGCGUGGCAAGGCUGUCGCUCUUUCAACGUCGUCUAACUGGAUCUUUAACUUUGCCCUUUCCUACUUCGUCCCUCCCGCUUUUGAAAACAUCAAAUGGAAGGUCUAUGUAUUGUUUGGAGUCUUUUGCUUCGCAAUGACUGUCCAUGUCUUCUUCGCCUUCCCUGAAACAGCCGGUAAAACCCUGGAGGAGGUCGAAAGCAUGUUUGCCACCCCCGGUCUUACGCCCUGGAAGACAAGUGUGCAGUAUAAGCAUGUUCGCAGGCUGGAGAAGGGAGAUAUUCAGUCCGACAAAGUGGCAGACCUCCGCGCAGAGGAAGGAACCGUCCAAGCUCCCAAGCCCAAUGAAAAGGAAAGCACCAUUUCGCACGUCGAAUAG